UUCUUCAAAUGACAAUGUCAUUUAUUAUUGUGUUAUUGUUAGAAGUGAAAAGUUAGUUUAUUUCUUUAACACUUUUUGUAUUGUUUUAGAUAAAAGUCUUAAUCACAAUUCCAACUAAGUUCUAUAGUCAUCUGCCCUGUUAGCUAGCUAGCUUUAGAGAAUUAUCAUUACCAUGUUAAAUAAAGUCCUUCUUUCUUCGGACGUUGCAUUGGUCUGUGUUCAACAUGCACUUUCUACUGAAAAAGAAGAGAUAAUGGGCCUUCUUAUUGGAGAGGUUCAUAGUAAUGGUUCUUUGGUCUCAAUAGUUUCUUCUGUAAUAUUACGUCGUUUGGAUAAGAAACCUGACCGUGUUGAGAUAUCUGAAGAGCAACUGGUCCAAGCAACAUUGAGAGCAGAAGAAUUAGCCACUGAAGUAAAUAGACCACUUAGAGUUGUUGGGUGGUACCAUUCCCAUCCUCAUAUUACUGUAUGGCCUUCACAUGUCGAUCUUGCUACUCAAUCUAUGUAUCAGAGAAUGGACUCAAGCUUUGUUGGAAUCAUCUUUGCAGUUUUUCUUACGGACCAAACAACUAAGGCCCCAUCGAUUCAAAUAACUUGUUUUCAAUCUAUAAAUGAUGGUUCAAGUCAGAGCAGAAAAGAAAUUGAAAUGGAAAUAAUCAAUAGUAAUGACUCUUUAUUGUUAAACAAUUUUGAGACUUUAACUCAAUUACCUGCCAUAUUAAAAGAGGAAGAAGAUGAAUCAUACAAUAAUGAAGCUGGACCCAAUGAAAACGAUGAUAUAAUAAACAAACAACAUAAUGCAGCAGUUAGAACUAUUGCAAUUGGGCACAUAGUGGACAAGAUGUCCAGGCCUAUGCUAGAAGGUCUUGUAGCAAGAAACACACUCAAUACAGUACGUUUGAAGGCUUUAAAAAGACAACAUCAAGAAAUGAUGUCUAAGUUAGAAAAUAUGUCCUGUAAUGUUUGAAUUAUAAUUAAGAUUUCAACAUAAACUUAAAUAAAUAACUGCUUAUGAAAA